AUGGUAGGAAGGCCUAAACUUAAUUUCAAAAAGCUGUAUUGUUUUGCUGGUGCCCACCAGUCUGACGCAGAUCUCAUCCCUACUUACACCGUCUGUAUUAUUGGUGAUCCGCGCUCUGGGAAGUCAUGCUUCUGCAAUCGAUUUGUCUACUCCCAUCCUGACUGGUACCAAGAGGGCCACCCGUCAGUACUCAGUGAGGUGGAAUUUCGCAAACCGGUUGUCAACUCCGACCACUGGUUGUAUUGGGGCACUGUCACACGUCGCCUAGAUGACGAGACUAGUGUUCGAUUCUGUGUGAUAGAACAGACUGAGUUUAUUAGUGAUGCUACUUCCCUCCCUUUCUCUCCCAAAAGUCCCUCCAUCCCUUCUAACUCCUGCUCCGUCUCGUACUCCUCCCACUCAACCAACGCUGUUACAGUGUCUGGAAUCUCUAGCACCACCAAUUUCGCUCCUUUUCUGUUCAAGGACUUGCAUUCAUCCAACCGCCUGCAUGACUACAUUCUCCGUAGUACCGCCACGAAGGUUUGCUCUCCUGGAAAGUUGCGCUACUACUGCAUCGACCAAAUUGGACACGAAGAACGUUACAAGCAGGAGUACUUCCCUCAUAUGGGCCCUCUUGAAGUUCACGGCUUCCUGGUCAUCUACGACGUGAGCCGACGUGCCUCGUGUCAUGACGUCCCCAACCUUCAACAGCAACAGCUCACCUUUCUCACCGAUAUCCUCAGUCUAAUUUCCAAACGCAAAAAACCUGUUGUUGUAGUCACUGCAAAGCGAGACAUCGUUGACGAACAAUGUCUCUCUAAUGUGACUCAGUUCCUUCAAAAGUCGGCGGAUUUCCGGAAAAUUCCCCUUGUCGAAGCGUCAGCACACAGAAAUAUCAACGUGGAGCUGGCUUUCCUAACACUAGCUCGGUUGUUGGAGAACAGUAGCAAUAGCAGCAAGUCACGAUCUGCAAAACUCAAACUCCUGUCUUAUCAGGAAGCAACUAGGGAGCAGGACGAACAUCAGAGGCGUCUGCGAGAGGCUUUUGUAAACAGGGUGUCACUGUCUCCAGCUGGCUUUCUUACCGACUGGCCGACAUUCCUUUCGCGAUACAGUCAUCAGGGCGACGUGGCGAGAUUCAUUGAUCUCUGGGGUUCGGAUGUCGCUAGGGAGACUUUUGAACAAUUUACCGCGCAGCGAAAAACGGAGACAAAGCGACGACACAUGGCAAAACUGCCUGAGGCACUCUCAACCAUGCUGCUUUAUGUUGGUCCAGUCACCAAUAAAUCUCCAAAGGAACUCCUUCAACGUUUGCGUGCGCAUUCCCGGUUUGACCAAUUUUUUGUAAGUGAGGAGUUGACAGAUGAUAAAUCGAUUCAACGCUGCAGCACCCGUCGAAACUUCCAAGGUGACGACUCUCGAAUCCCCUUCGCGUUGGCAAUUAAAGAACCUCCAGACAAUGGAGAUUCCCCAUUCAUUGAGUCUUUGAAGUCGCUUGUCUUUGCUGAAUCCUGGGCUACUAAUAUGUCAAUCUUUGAGGAGUCUCUCUUGAAGUGUCAGGCUAAUAGUAACGCUAGUGACUGUUUCGCGUCUAUACUGCCUGGUCAGUCAUUCGAUCAUGAACAGCUCUCCCGCGUCCAACCAACCUCUGUUCUCAGUCAGGAAGAUCAGCUUGAGGUCUACCAAAAGUUUCAGGAGUGUCUUCGCCUAAAUACUCGUGAAGAAUUCCUCGAUCUGCUACUUGAAAGUCUUCCUCAGUUUAUUCGUGCUGCUUCUGCCUAUUUGAAUUGCCUUGGUGAUACCUUUUUCGCGAUGGCGUCGUCGUCGUUUCGUCAGGUACCACCUAACACGGCGCCUCAGCCUCGUUCCGAACCGAAUCGUAGCCGGCCGAUCUCACCUGUCAGUGAACCGCUCACCAUCCCUCUACGAUCUGUCCAGCUACCUCCUGCGGAUAUUCGACUGUGUGCAGUACUCGCUCCACCUCGUGGCGCAAAGGAACAACAGCUGGGGAUAAUAAAAAACUGCAUCGCCUCGGAUAGUCGCUAUCAUGCCAUGGAUUAUAUGCCAAGCGAACGCCAGACCUGCCUCGCCGGUCAUCUCGACAUCCUAUUGCAUCGAGUUUCUCAAACUGAGGCCUCGACACUGUUAUUACCGCGAGGCACGAUACACCGGCACUACUCUUGCUCCUUCAUGAACCAGCAAGACUCGCUUCAACUCACCUUCCCUCUACCACACUGUCCGGCUUAUCAGACCGAUCGAUGCAUAGACGCGGUAUUUGAGAGCCUCUGUUCCAGCACGGAGUGGAGUGUGGGGGAGGCGCAGAACAGCUUUUCUAGCCACCUCUCCUGCGUUCUCGGACAGGGGGAUAAACGGCUGUCCGUGGCGGUGUGUGCAGUGUGCACGGACGUAGUAGCUGCCAACGCUGGCAUUAAUCUCUUUCGGGCGGCUGGGUUUGUGCCUGAAGGUGUCACUAGCCCCAGUUUGCUCACAUCCCCGUCCUCCCCUUCCCGUGCCACACAGAACCUCGUCUGCUCAUGGCCUCUUGCUUCAACUAUUCUCACACCUGUGGAUACUUUACUAACCUCCGUCAUUGGCGACUCUGUGAUCUCUCCUGUCUUGGGUACUGUACAGGCUUCCUUCCUCUCACAUCAUGAGCUUUUAGCGCUGGCUAUAAAUCCACGGCGAUCACCGGACGUCUUCGAUGGAGUGAUACUCCUUCUUUCCGCCGAUGAAGCCAUCCCCACGUCAUAUAGCGCAUUUCCGCCCUGCACAUGCGGGGAGGUCGCCGCAGCUACGUACUGCUGUAAGUGUUAUCGCGGCGCUUCCGACUGUUCCCACACUACUCCACGUCCGCGUAGCUUCUUCUCCCGUGCGACUGCGAUCAAGGCGCUCGCCGAACACCUCGCGCCGAUGCCACACCUCAUCGUUCUGGCUGUCAGUGGUACUAAUGAUAGUGCUAAAAUGAACAUCUGCCAUGGAACUGGGAACCUAUCGACUCUGCCCUUCUGCUCCACGGCUGAAUCCUCACCUCAAACACCGAUUGCUGAUGCCCGUUUAAAUGACUGGCUGGUUGAUGGUACAAAAACUUCAGUUAGUAAAGAGGAGGCUGAGGACGGUAAUGUUAAUAAACCGAUCCUUGGUGGAGUUUUCCAUCCUGCGGCUAAGCUUCAACCCAACUUCGUAUUGGAUGCGCUGUCUAGCUUUCUGUCUGCCUGCUGGACGCGUAAACUAGCCUCUGGCGAGGGAGGACGAAGGCGGUCUCGAAAGACCAUCUCUCCGAAGGCGCGAGAUAGUGGUGAGGGCAGCCAUGGCACCAUCUACGAGGGCCGCUUUCAUCCCGCACCUUUGCCGGGUCGUCUCCACAGCCACCAUCGUCGUUGUCAUCGGCACUACUAUCACAGUCGGCAUCAUCUCCACAGACACCAUCAUCAUCGUCACCACCACUUUUACCGAUGUAGUCGGACAGCGACUUCAAAUUCUUCUGGUGGUGGCGCUUUCAGGACUUCUGAGACAUCAUCCACUUCCUCGCCGAUGGGCUCGAACUAUCGACCGCCGAAGCUUACACUCACCCUGGCCCCCUCCAUAUCUCCAAGAGGGAGGUACGGCCGCAGUUGCAGCCCCCCAGUACCCUCUAACAUCCCACUGAAACAAUUGCGUUUCUUCGAUCAGGAUCCCUCGGGAGGCUCGCGGUUACGGUCGAGAUCUCUGUGUUGUCAAAAAAAUGAUUCCACUUUUGGAACUAUCUUGUCAAAACUAGAAGGUUCGUUUGCCUCCAGACCCGAUGAGUGCAGCACGAUUGUUGAGAUUACCACAGCAAAAUCUAAUCGAUUGAGUCACCAUCUGCACUCGUUGACCUCCACCCUCGAUCCUCCCACGGGAUACUGUUCUUCCAUCGCCUCCUCCUGUUCUCCUUGUCCCGCUGCUUCCUCGUUCCCCUCUUUGAUCCCCUUCGCGUACGAUAAAGCCUCCUCAGUUUCCUCCAUCGAACCAGUCUUCCUUAAGUUCUCCGAGGGCUUGUCGCCCCUCCCCCCCGAUGACAUCGACCCUGCCACACCGUUGCAUGUACUAUCGUUGACGGGACGUCGGCGGCGACGUAGACGGAACGAGGCGGGUUGGCUGCAGAGGAAAAAUGAAGGAAAGGACGGGGUAGAAGAGGAGAAAUGGGAGAAUGAAGAGAUAUUCCAUACCACUGACGACGCCCUUCAAUUCGGAACUGUCCUUCUCGUUCCCUGUCCGCAUAUUCACCGGUCCGCAGAUAACCUACCACCGAACUCACAGGGGUGGACGGCUCCAACUAUUCCUUAUCACUCCAUGGUCAAACAACAUCCAUCGGGAAAAAAGGGCAUUGACUUGGGAUUGGCAAAUAAGGGUGGUUUGAAUCAGCAUCAUCACAACUACAACCAGCAGCACCAGACAAAUGCAGGGGGUGCCAUUCUCACGACGACAUCAGUGGGCGGUGGUGUCUCCUCCUUCCUCACUUCAGGCAUCCGAGCGGUCACCAGCGGUUUUGCGCGUCCCCGCGAGCGCCGUCGCUCCGUCAGUACUCCCUGUGGAGGCGAGGCGCCACUUCCCUUCGCUUCCACGACUACCAACGAGAUGGCAGUGGUUGGUGGGGGUGCUGCCACCGUUACAUCGGCCUCCAACACACCCUCCUCCUCCACACCUGGCUCUUCACGAGCUGCUGACUUGGGUUUUGCAUGCAUGCCGCCCGGCCUAGAAACUCCUCUACACACGGGCACCGGCAUCAGUGGUAGGUACACAACGGAGACGGCCUUCAAGGCCUCCACACCAUCCCUCCCCUUUGAAGAGAUGGAUGGGUUGGGUGGCGGUGGAGGAUUGGCGGCUGGUGGCGAAUUUCUGCCGCCCCGUCUUUGGGUCUCCUCUCUGAACCAAUUAAUGCAGCUGGCGUCGGCUAGUCGCUCUUCAAGCGGAGGGGAGAGAGAGGUGGCGGUGGCCGGUGCAAAGCGAAGAAUGCUGACGCCUCAACUUCGCCAUUGGCACCUCCCCUCCUGCCCCCAUAGGCUCUGUAUCCCUCGACAGAACCUCCCACCCCCACCACCGCCAUCUCUUUCGUCCCUCUCUACAUCGCGGCGGCAUCCCACCAGUAACACCAAUCCCUCCUCUUCUUCCACUAAACCGCUUGAAGAAUACUCGUCUUUCAGACCCAGCUACAAUAAUCACCAUCACUGCCAGACAGAUGUGAUAGCAGCGCCGCCACCGGAGUCGCGUCACUUACCGGCGAAUACAACAGAGCAGUCCUAUUCCACCUCCCAACAUCGAGUUCGCCGACGGCAGCAGCCCCAGUUAAGCACAGCAUCGUUGUCCGGUUUCCCAGGUGGUCGACGUUCCGUAGUCGACUUACCAACGUCCUCGGCAUAUCUUGAUGCCGGACAGGGUGACUGCUCCAACCCUCCGACCAGCAGUCAAUCGACCACGUGUCUGGCCGCAGCAGCGGCUCCUUCCCGCCUCUCCCCUCCACUCACACUCGUUCCUUUCAGCAAGUUAUCCACGGGCAUCUCUGGCACCUCUGGACGACGCAAUAGACGCAAUGUUUUGUCGCUAUUUGGAGGGAAGACAAAUGCCUCCUUGUCGGAGCCACAGCCACCGCAAAAUAACACACAUACCUCCACAUCAGCUGCCCUGAGUGGCGGCAGUGCCGGAGCCUCGUUUCCGUCCACUCCGGUUCACGAGCCUUCCACCGUCACCACGAUCACUGCGCCGGCCACGCUGGCCUUCGGUUAUCUCAAGGCCAAAUCCAUCACCCCACCCCUGUCAACUGCUGCUUCCUCUCCUCGCUCCUCCUCUGUCACCAAUACCACUAAUACCAGCGACUGGGUUGAAUCGGUAUGGAUGUCGCCCAAGCUCAGACUUUACCCCUACCUCUGUAAUGCCGUAAAAAAUUUCAUCAAUGAUCACGUGCCAGACACUUUGAACUCUGGCCGCGACUUUUACGUUAGCUUCACGGACAUUACAACGCUGCACAGGUUACGUGAACUUAACGCUCAUCAACUCGGUAAACUUGUAAAAAUCCGAGCUCAAGUUGUUCGUUCGCAUCCAGUCCAUCCGGAAUUGACGCUGGGUACCUUCAAGUGCCAGGAUUGUGGUACCAUAAUCCGCAACGUCGAGCAGCAAUUUAAGUAUACUCAACCGAGUGUUUGCUUUAAUCCCCAAUGUGCUAAUCGUGUUAAAUUUGAGCUGUUGACAAACCAGUCAAAAUUCGUCGAUUUUCAAAAGGUGCGAGUACAGGAGACACAAGCGGAGGUGUCGCGUGGAAGCAUCCCACGAAGUAUGGAAAUUCUUCUUCGAGCUGAUGCUGUUGAACUUGCUCAGCCCGGUGAUCGAUGUGAGUUUAUUGGCACUCUUAUUGUCGUCCCAGACGUGGGAACUCGGACGCUAGAACGCAAAGGAACGAGAACAAUCGAUGGCUUUGAGUCCGGUAUCUCCGGUCUCAAGGACUUGGGCGUACGGGAGCUCACCUAUAAGAUUGCUUUUUUCGCCUGCACAGUUAUUCCAGCUCAUGGUCGUUACCUACCAUCCGAUGACCUGGAAUCCGCUGACGGUGUCUCCUACGAGGCGUUGUCGAAGCGAUUGAGUCAACCGGAGCUCGACACGAUCUGCGCCAUGAGUCAGGACAAGAACCUUUUCCAAAACCUUUAUACCUCCCUCUUCCCGACCAUACAUGGCAGUGAGGAGGUCAAGAAGGGCCUUCUCCUCAUGCUCUUUGGCGGCGUUCCCAAAGUUACGGAAGAGGGGACCCAUCUGCGCGGUGACAUUAACGUUUGCCUGGUGGGUGAUCCCUCAACUGCCAAGUCCCAGUUCCUCAAGCAGGUGGAGCAGUUCUCCCCCCGCGCAGUCUACACCAGUGGAAAGGCCAGCUCCGCUGCUGGUCUCACUGCUGCGGUCGUACGCGAUGAGGAGUCCUUCGAGUUCGUAAUCGAAGCCGGUGCUCUCAUGCUCGCUGACAACGGCGUCUGUUGCAUCGAUGAGUUCGACAAGAUGGACGUGCGGGACCAGGUGGCCAUCCACGAGGCAAUGGAACAGCAGACCAUCUCCAUCACUAAGGCCGGUGUCAAGGCUACCCUGAAUGCGCGCACCUCCAUCUUGGCUGCGGCCAACCCUAUCGGUGGCCGGUACGACCGCUCGCGAUCCCUGCGUCAGAACAUCGGCAUGUCCGCACCUGUCAUGUCGCGUUUCGAUCUAUUCUUCGUCCUCGUAGAUGAGUGCAACGAUGUUGUCGACUAUGCCAUCGCUAAAUCGAUUUUGGAUUUGCAUAUGGGACAUGCUUCUCAAGUCUCUGCUACGAAGAUCUACAGUGCUGAUGAUAUCCGUCGUUACAUAGCCUUCGCUCGAUGUUUUAAGCCCAAGAUUAGUAUCGAGGCGAUGCAGUGCAUGGUGGAGGAGUACAAGAAACUCCGCCAGCGGGACGCUUCUUCGGGCUCAAAAUCGGCGUGGCGUAUCACGGUACGUCAGUUAGAGAGUUUGGUUCGUCUUUCUGAGGCCAUUGCUCGUCUCCACUGUGCCGAUUCGGUAACUGUGCCGUUUGUGCGAGAGGCCUUUGCCCUGCUUAAUAAGUCCAUCAUCCGUGUGGAGCAGCCCGACAUAAAUUUGGAGGAGACGGAGGCGCACGUUGACGUUCAAUCGGCUGCUGGGACCACUCCAAUGGAGGUAGAGGAGCCUUCUACGGAUCAUCAGCAGCAGCAUCUACGUGUGACCUACCAGCAGUACAGACGCAUAGCUGAUCUGCUGAUCCUUCAUACACGACGCGUAGAGGAAUCGGGAAUCGUACCUUCCUCGGCAAUGGGUUCUGAGACCAGUAGCGAACAGAGUGCGAUUCGCAAGAGCCAGUUGGUCAACUGGUACUUGGAAGAGGUCGCUGUCGAAACUCUUCAUUCAGAAGCCGACUUGAUUGAGUGCAAACUCCUUGUUGAACGCAUUAUUGACCGUUUGGUGAAGAAGGACAAUGUGCUGAUCGCUCUCUCUCGAAGUGGACUGGAUGCAGGGGAAAAUGAUGAGGACCCCUACUUGGUCGUGCAUCCCAACUACUCCACGGACUAG